AUGGCUGGCAAUGGCAGCCAGCAGCAGCUGCGGGUGCUGCACGCUCUGGACAUGGCAAGGACGCAGCUGUACCAUUUCAUGGCGACCGUGAUCGCCGGCAUGGGCUUCUUCACCGACGCCUACGACCUCUUCUCCAUCUCCCUCGUCGCCGACCUCCUCGGCUAUGUCUACUACCAAGGCCGGCUCCCGCGCAACGUCCAGGCCGCCGUCACCGGCGUCACGCUCUGCGGCACCGUCCCCGGACAGCUCGUCUUCGGAUGGCUCGGCGACAAGAUGGGCCGGAAGCGUGUCUAUGGCGUCACCCUCCUCCUGAUGGUCGUCUCCUCCCUCGCCUCCGGCCUCUCCUUCAGCACGCGUGCGCCGGCGCACGUCGUCGCCGUGCUUUGCUUCUUCCGCUUCUGGCUCGGCGUCGGCAUCGGCGGCGACUACCCGCUCUCCGCCACAAUCAUGGCCGAGUACGCCAACAAGAGGACUCGCGGAGCCUUCAUCGCUGCUUGUUUCGCCAUGCAGGGUUUUGGCAACAUUGCUGCUGGGAUCGUUGGGAUUAUAUUAUGUACAGCUUUCAUGAACUCGGGGUUGUCCACGAUUGACUACGCAUGGCGGAUCAUCCUCAUGCUCGGCGCGGUUCCAGCUGCUCUCACCUUCUACUGGCGGAUGAAGAUGCCGGAGACAGCACGGUACACCGCACUCGUCUCCAAGAACGCGAAGAAGGCCGCCAUGGACAUGUCCUCCGUCCUCAACGUCGACAUCGAGCCCGACGACGAAGCCGUCGGUGAGCUCGCGAGCCAGGACCAGUACGGGCUCUUCUCCCUCGAGUUCCUCCGCCGCCAUGGCCGCCAUCUCCUCUGCACCGCCGUCUGCUGGCUCGUCCUCGACGUCACCUUCUACUCCCUCAACAUCUUCAUGAAGAACAUCUUCCAGGACGUCGGUCUGCUUGCUCCUCCGGCCGGCGACUCCCACCUUCAUCUUCUCCGACAGACGAGGAUCGCCAUGGCGGUGCACAUCGCCGUCGCCGUCUGCGCGACGCUGCCGGGGUACUUCCUCACCGUCGCCUUCGUCGACCGCGUCGGCCGCGUCAGGAUCCAGCUGAUGGGAUUCACCAUGAUGACCGUCUUCAUGCUCUGCCUCGCGAUCCCGUACCAUCGCUGGCACAAGCACAACAACAAGUACGGAUUCGCGGUCAUGUAUGGCUUCACCUUGCUCUUCACCAACUUCGGGCCGAACACCACGACGUUCAUAACUCCGGCGGAGAUCUUCCCGGCGAGGCUCCGGUCGACGUGCCAUGGCAUAUCGGGCGCCGCCGGCAAGAUCGGCGCCGUCGUCGGCGUGUUCGCCUUCCUGUACCUGAAGAAGCACAGCACCAGAAACUUUCUCUUCGUUCUUGUGGGGUGCAACGUCGUCGGGUUCGUCUUCACCCUUCUCUUGCCGGAGUCGAAAGGGAAGUCCCUCGAAGACCUCGUCGGCGAGAUCGUUGAAUCUGCUCCUCCCGAUGAUGGCCAUGAAGUCGGUUCACCUCAGUAUGUACACACUCUUCUUCUGUAA